AUGGUUGUUAGUUCACCCCUGACCCGAGCUAUGCAAACUGCGCUGCUGGCAGUGCCAGACCUGGGAGGAAACCGGGUACAUGCCAGCCCCCUGUGCUCUGAGCAUUUGGAGGCCUCCUGCGAUCUCGGCCGGCCCACGUCGCAGCUGAGAUUUGCAUUUCCGCAGGUGGACUUCGGCGAUUUACCGGAAGUGUGGUGGUACGUCCCAGAAGACUGCAAGGUUGGGAUUACGCCCGUAGCUUCGCAGCGGCUCUUCACCAAUGAUGGGCGUCGCGAGCCCCGGAGUGCUUUCGAGCGUCGUGUGGAUUCCUUCGUGGGCUGGCUCAUGGAGCAGACUGCGGAGGAGAUUGCAAUCUUUGCUCAUGCCGACUUCUGCAACUGCUUGCUGCAACGCUACUUUGGCUGGCGGGAGGCUCGAUUUGCUGAUUACUGGAUGCGCAACUGCGAGCUUGUCGACGUGGAGCUGCGCAAAGAGGAUCUGACGAACCCUGUGCUCACGCGGGCCCAAGCUGAUACUGCGCAGGCCACGUCGUCUCCCGCCGUGGAGCCUUCCCCGCCAGCAGCAGCUGCGCCCAACCGUGCAUCGCUAGCGUUGGAAGCCUUACGACAGGAGCUGAGCCAGCAGCAUCCAGAUCUGAAGCCGGGCGAACUGCGUGCAAAAGCGGCCAAGGCGUGGAAGGCCUUGGGCAAUGAGGCAAAAGCGCAGUACAUGGCGAGGGUCUGA